CGUUAACUGAAUGGGAGCAGAUUUGGCCAAAAGACCAGUUGAUUAUUGUAUAACAAGAUGUGGCGGAUAUAAAACCCAAGGGUCAGUUGACCAGCGGGCUCAGUUGAGAUCAAAACACUCGACCAUUAUGUCGCCACUGGAUAUCGUUUUGCUUCUGUUUAGUUUCCACCAAGUGCUUGGCAGUGACUUUUCCGCCAUGAGCUCGGAGUUCAAGCAAUGUGUUCGUGCAUCCCAAAAACCUAAGAUUAGUGAAUGUCUGGGAAAAUCGGCUCUGAACUUCAUCCAGAGAUUGGAUGAGACCGAUAACGUAAAGUUCGUGGAGGAUUUUGUGACUGUGAAAAGUGAAACAGCUGCAGUCAGAUCUCUGUCAAAUGUGCUCGACACGGAUCCAGUGGACUUUCGUGGUAUCCUGGAGAAUGCCGGCGCAGUGAUGGGUCAACGAAGUAUGGAGUGGCAUAUGGAUGGCCUUUAUCCCGGACUUAUGUUCAAAAUUGGUCCCACAGCGGAUGCGAAUAGUGUGGCCGAGUUCGUCCUCGAUGGAGCGACGCAGGGAGAGCGACAAUUUGGAUUCGAGGAUCCCUCAACUGGACGCGUCUUGGCCAAGCAGUAUUUGCUUCCCUUUCUCCUGGGCUUAAAAUUCAAUCUGGUCGCUCUAGUACCAUUGAUAUUUGCUGGCAUAUGUCUGCUCCUUAAGAAGUCAUUAUUUCUGGUAAAGCUGGCAAUAUAUGUGAGCAGCUUCCUGGGACUGGGUGGAAUCGUGGGUGGACUGGGAGGUUUAGGUGGAUUUGGAGGCGCCAGCUUUAGCGGUGCGAACUUUGGUUUCGGCGGUUUUAACGGCCACCGACCCAUCGGUCACUUUCCCGGAAAAACUACAGUAUUUGGCCAAGGCCAAGAUGAGUUCCACCACCAGUACGAUGUGCACGAAUCAUCACCAUAUCGUCGCAGUGAGCGAAAAGUAAGAUUCGAGCAGCCUCGAAUGGCAGAAACACCUGGCCAAGCACCUCUAGUCAACCCCAAGCCAGCCACUCAAGACCGCUUUUAUGACUUUGAAAACCAACGCAGGCCAAGUAACAAACUAUUGGCAGCCAGUGUGGAGCAGGAAGGCGAACUCCUGUUGAGAAACUUCCAGGAUCCCCACCGAAUGGAGGGCUGGCAGGCGGUGGACGUGAGAUCGCUAUAGGGCAAGAAGUUUACACUGAACGAAAUGUACAAUUUUUGUAUUCGAAAGUCAAAGGGCGAUGUGUAGGGUAUUUAAAAUCCUUCUUUCUGUGUACAUAAAAUAUGAUUAUCCUUAAGAAACUAUCCUCACAGAUGAGCUAACUUAAUUUUAUAAUAUAUAUUUAAUAUGGACUA